UGUUAUGAUAAACAAAUAUGGCGGUUAUCUGACCCGAGAAAAAUAUAUUCCAAAGGUAUUUUCCAUUUUAUCAAAGUCAGUCAGGAAAACGGUAAAUGUUUAAGAUGGAUAUGGUAUUUAAGGUGGUAAUCAUUAUUGUGGUAACAGUUUACAGCACUGAUGCUGCGUGUAAUGGGAACACAACUCAAAGGAAGGUUGGUUCAGAUCAAACUGAGUAUGCCUCGUCUCCAGGCUAUCUCAAUUCCAACUAUACCAAUAAUUUGACUUGUCGAUGGUUGUUUACACCAAAAUGUCAAAAUGAAGGACGCCUUCAUGUGGAAUUUGUUGAUAUGGAUAUCCAGAGGCCUGUUGAUUUGAAUUGUGUCGAUUAUAUUGAUCUUUAUAAAGGUCAAACCCCUACAUCGGGGUUAAAAAUAGCCAGAAUGUGUGGAAAACCAGGAUAUGAAGCAUAUCAUGGUGAUAUAAAGGGCAAUCUGUUAAUUAUUUUUCAUUCGGAUGCCACUGAGACUGGAAAGGGGUUCUAUGCCAAGAUAACUUGCAUCAAGAUAGAAGAGUUCCCGGUUGCGGCAGUAGCAGUGCCAGUGACUUUAGUUUCAUUGAUUGUACUAUUUUGUGUGUUUAAGAAGAAGCAAGCCAUAGCUGCUAAACGCCUUGCUGAAGCGGAAGCAGCCAAGAAAAAAGCCGAAGAGGCUAAGAAGAAAGCCGAAGGGGCUAAGAAAAACGCUAAUGCGGCUUCUGCUACUAAAAAGACAGCUACUGGAGAUAAGGCAUCAACUAGUGCCCAGGCUACUACUGAUGCCAAGCCUGCUACUGGUGACAAUGAAGCUUCUAAGAGUUCACCCACUACUGAUACCCCCAAGAAAGUACAAGGGGGUGCUAUAAGUGCUGAAUCUCCCACCAACAUAGCCCCCACUACGACAGAUAUUGUCUCUGCAACACAAGUAAGCGCAAUUACGCCUGCAGUCGAUCCGAAACCCAAAGAGCAAAUACAAAAUGCCAUGGCAAUACCAGAGAAGAAAGUCCCAUGCGAUGAGAUUCUGUAUGGAACCCUACAUUGGUCUCCAAAUGUCCCAUUGAGUACUCCUGCUCAAAAUGGGACAGUUAAUUUGACCCAGGUUCAUGUCCUCCCGGCGUCCAACCAGAUGCCAGUAAUGAUGACAAACCAUAUUUCACAGACAUCAAAUGUGGCAAAUAAUCAUAACGAUAACGAACCCUUAAGAUUCGCUCCGCCAUCCAGUAUGAGAUCGGGUAUGAUGACCAGACAACAAAUUCCUAUACAGCAUGAGUUCUGUUCGGUCGACAUACUUCCGCCGCCAUACUCGGAAAUUUAAUGAAAGAAUUGGAAUUUGGUCUAAUUGAUUGCGUCGUAAUCAAUCGUUAAACAAAAUAUUCAAAUGAGAAAAACAUAUUUUUAACUAUUAUAGGGGUAUUACAGCAAUGAAGGACGGGGGUAUUUGGUAGGGGGUUUGUGUAAUUUGAUCCGAUUUUCAUCAUGAAGGUACAAAUUUCAUUGUAUUCACAAUUUUAGACAAAUCUUAAAAGCCAUUUUUGCUUUUAACUGCGUUUAAAGAAAUCAGACACAAGCCCUACUAGCUAGGUCAGUGUUUAGAUUCCCGAUAAUCAUGGCAGUCGCGGCUGUUUAUAAAUAUAUGAUCAUUUUAAUAGCUUGUCUCUAAAGGGGUAAUCUUUAAAACUGAUUAUCUUGUAGUUAUGAUAAUAAAGAUUUUCUGACUUCUGUUAACUCUAUAGUAAUUUAAACACUGAAAUUUCCAAGUAUAAAUUAAAACUAAGUUACAGGUCAUUUUAAUACAGUAAGUAGUGGGGCAAAUUGCUUUAUAAAAAGAUAGAGAAGCAGUGGGAAAAUACCCAUGAUAUUAAUUGAAAAUCAAGAGCUUAAGGUAUUCACGUCGUACUAGGUAGGAAUGAACCUUCUCGAAAAGCUACCACACCACAAUCCUUUAGAUUCCUUAAAAAUACCCGACUUGUAACAUGACCGUCAUGCACUUUGAAUGUCAGAAACUCAUAAUUAUGAUAUACUCGAUAUAAUUAACUUUAUACGAGAAGGGUAAAACAUAUGAUUCCAGGACAGAAUUAUAUCAGAUAUGACUUAAUGUUAUAUUUUCGUACGUACAAUAUGACCCUUCGGUGACAUAAUUGUAAUGAAUAUAUAAGCUGUAAAUAAUUACUCGAAAAUUAUAUAAAAGUUGAUGUCUCUUGUGUUGAACGUUAAUUUGAUGUAUAUUAUUAUUAUUGUUUUCUAAUUGCCUUAUAAAAUGUUCCACCAAAUCGCUCCCGUGUAUAUAUCUAUUCUCUAUCUGUAUUGUCCAUAAAUAUUUACAUAUAUUUAUUCUCGCUAACCCAGAUUACCCCACCAACUGCUUCAGUAUUCUUUUCGAAGUUGUCUUCAGGUCAAGAGUAGUGACGCCGGUUUUCCAAAUAAUCCGAGUUCUCGCAGAUGUUAUCUUGCCACAACUUACUGUGAUAUGCAUUUAUUAUUAUAGCCACUGAUCGUCAUUUCAAUUUUCCAUUUCUAAUUUAUUACGGCUUAAUCUGCGUUUAACACAAAAAAAAAAUCAAAAUGUCAACCGGAUUAGAAUUAGUCCCUUUAAAAGAUUUUAACAAAGCCUGUUUGGCCUUACCCCGUUUAUAUCGUCUGCUGAGGGUGCCGAAUUUUGACAAAUAUUUUGACACAUCUUUGUAAAUACUGAACAAAACUGAACCAUUUUGGACUAAAGGCCUAUUCAACUUACACAAUAUUGUAGUUUGCAAAGGAAUAAAAACAACGAAUGACGAUCAGAUGCAACUCGUUUCUGCGAAUUUUGAUGUAUGUUCAUCCCUUAAUAAAGUUAUUAUUUUCCUGUGU